UCAUCUAGCGCCCCCGCCAGGACGUGCGAGAAGCGACGGCGCAGUACGGUGCGGCGCAGCUCCGGCUCCCCUUUCCCCUUUGCUGGGCAAGAGGUGUCUAUGGGGCACCCGCUGCCGCCGCCGCUACCACCGCCACCGCCGCCACCGCUGGGUGCUGUCUCUAUGGCGAGGAGGAGGAGGAGGACCGCGAGCUCAGCGACACAAGUGCACAAAUAAAGGAUAAAGUAUUUUAUGAAACAAAUCUUCAAUCAAGUAUAACAUUUUGAUGCUUGGCAUCUAGACUCCUUGUGCCCUCACUAUGCCAGCAGCAACAGUAGAUCAUAGCCAAAGAAUUUGUGAAGUCUGGGCUUGCAACCUGGAUGAAGAGAUGAAGAAAAUUCGUCAAGUUAUCCGAAAAUAUAAUUACGUUGCUAUGGACACCGAGUUUCCAGGUGUGGUUGCAAGACCCAUCGGAGAAUUCAGGAGCAAUGCUGACUAUCAGUACCAGCUAUUGCGGUGUAAUGUAGACUUGUUAAAGAUAAUUCAGCUAGGACUGACAUUUAUGAAUGAGCAAGGAGAAUACCCUCCAGGAACUUCAACUUGGCAGUUUAAUUUUAAAUUUAAUUUGACGGAGGACAUGUAUGCCCAGGACUCUAUAGAGUUACUGACAACAUCUGGCAUCCAGUUUAAAAAGCAUGAAGAGGAAGGAAUUGAGACCCAGUACUUUGCAGAACUUCUUAUGACAUCGGGAGUGGUCCUCUGUGAAGGAGUCAAAUGGUUAUCAUUUCAUAGUGGUUAUGACUUUGGCUAUUUAAUCAAAAUCCUGACCAACUCUAACUUGCCUGAAGAAGAACUUGACUUCUUUGAGAUCCUUCGACUGUUUUUUCCUGUCAUUUAUGAUGUGAAGUACCUCAUGAAGAGCUGCAAAAAUCUCAAAGGUGGUUUACAGGAAGUUGCUGAACAGUUAGAGCUGGAACGGAUAGGACCACAACAUCAGGCAGGAUCUGAUUCAUUGCUCACAGGAAUGGCCUUUUUCAAAAUGAGAGAAAUGUUCUUUGAAGAUCAUAUUGAUGAUGCCAAAUAUUGUGGUCAUUUGUAUGGCCUUGGUUCUGGUUCAUCCUAUGUACAGAAUGGCACAGGGAAUGCAUAUGAAGAGGAAGCCAACAAGCAGUCAUGACAUGAAAUAGUCCUUUUAUUUUUAUUUUAUUUGAGCUACACACAUACUUGUAUAUAGGUUUUAUCUCUGGUUGAAUCCCUUGAAUAAUAGACAGUACUUUUUUUUUUCUUUCAUAGACCAUUUUAUUUUCCGGCUUUGAGUAUUAAGUAUGACCAUUCCUAUCUCACAUCUUAAUAAAUAGAAAAGCAUUCAGGUUAAAUUUGGCCUUAAUAUACUUGUUAGCAGGCAUGUGUGACAGAGUUGGGAAAGCUACAUCAUAUUGCAUAUUUUGAUAAACUUCACAUCCUUGAGCUUGGUUUGUUUUUUCCUUUUCUAAAUUAACUAGCACUGACUAUAAUUUAUUUCCCUGUUUCAUGUCUCCCUAUCAUUCUGCAGGAGUUUUAGCUAUUUGAGAUUGUGGACCAUCAAUUUUGCACUUUAGAGAGUGAUUCUGACUCAGAUCCUCUGUUUUAUCAGAAAUGUUGGUUUUUCAUGCUCUUAGCUGGAAAAAUGACCAUCUGCCAACUUUAUACAGUAUUGACUUGUUUUUGACCCACAGAAAUAUAGCACAUGCAUUGUGCAAACGGUUGAUUCAGCAAGACUGCAAAAAAAAAAGACAAAAAAACUACUGAGGAGCUUAGUAACUGCUGAUUCUGUACGUAGUGUUUUAAUCUUCCAAGCACAUCUAGUGUCUAUUGGUUUCUAAUUGGCAUGUGUAGGCUGCUCUGUGACUGAAGAAUUUUUCAAACCAGCUUUACACCCUUCAGGAAAAAUCCCUUGUGAUUGGAUGUUUAAUGUCUGCCAGGAAACUGGUAUCCAAGAUGUUGAAGCUGCAGUUCUUUUCUGAUAGCCCACUUCCCUUGAUCUGCUUCUUUUUAUUCCAUCACUGUUGACCCUUAUUUUUCAUUUUUU